GGUUGUCUAGUUCUUUUCUGUCAUCAUUGUUACAUGUGUUAUUUGUAUAAUAAAGAAGGUGAAUCAUGCUGGAUUCCAGUGUGUGGUGCAGGCAUUUUACCGCUGCGUAUCAAACAUCGCAUUAUGCACAAAAUAAUGGGUACUUUAAUGAAUGAUGUUUGUACUACAUGCUGUUGUGGACCAUUAGUUGUUUGCCAGUUAAAACGUGAUAUAGAUUAUGCAAAGUCAACAAGAAUGGAAAUUUAAAUACAUCAUGAAAAAAAACAAAACACGUGAUGACCAAUAAAUAUGUCUGGUUUUCAUGUAUACACAUGGAUAGAAAAAU